AUGUCUGAUCAAGAAGUUGAUAGCGGAGCAGAAAGCAGCGAUAUUUACGAAGAAAGUUCUGGUUCUGAUGACGAAGAUUCUAGUUCUGAAAAUGAAGAUGUAGCCGAUCAACCUGUACCGAAGAUCUGGACGCGUAUUUAUCCUCCAGAAGAUUUAGAUUCUCUACCUUUUACUGCAAGGAAUGUGGGCGCUCGAAAUAAUCCUCCACCUGAAUCUCGUCCUAUUACGUAUUUAUCUUUGUUCUUGACGCCUGAGGUGCUCAGAUGUAUUGUAAGUGAGACCAAAAAGUAUGCUGAUCAGCAAAUAAAUUCUACAAUUUCUCAGGGCAAACCCUUAUCCGUUCGCACGUUGAAAUGGAGGCGUUUGAACUUUGAUGUAGCUAUGCUGAAGAAAUUUCUGGGACUUGUAAUAAAUAUGGGCCUUGUUGAGAAGAAAGAUCUUGUAAUGUACUGGGACACUAAGAAUCCUAAUACAGCUACUCCAUUCUUCUCCUCUAUCCUGUCUAGAAACACUUUCCAACUUAUUUCAAGAUAUCUACACUGCAGUGAUAACACUUCGAACUCAGCUCAACAUAAUUCUCCUAACUAUGAUCCUCUUCACAAGUUCCGUCUACUUGAUUCUUUAAAUUCUGGUUGCAAGAGAUAUUAUGUUCCUGCCCAGUGUAUAUCUAUUGAUGAGAGCCUCAUAGGAAUGAAGAACAGAACCCAGUUGAUACAGUACAUCCCCAACAAACACCAUCACAAGUGGGGGGUGAAGCUGUACUCAGUAACUAAGUCAUCAACUGGGUUCCCCCUCCAUACUAUGGUUUAUUGUGGGAAAAGGGGUGAAGGUCCUCCUUCUGAUAAAGGGCAUUCAUUUGAUGUGGUUGAUAAGCUCAUUAACAUCUCUGGUCUGACUAACAAAGGCUACCAUCUCUUUGUUGAUAAUUUUUAUACAAGUGUAACACUUGCUGAACACUUGUAUGAUAAGGGUGUAAUGUUGACGGGCACAAUGAGAUCAAACAGAAAGGGUAUCCCUAAGAUGAUUAAACAGGCAAAGCCUAAAAUACAAGAAUGCAUCUAUGCUAAGAAUGUUCAUACUCUUGUGCUGAGCUGGAAGGAGAAGAAAUCCCAGAAGAAACCAUGCAUCAUGCUGUCAACAGGGCUCCCAUCAGGAAUGGUUGAGCAUCCAGUCAGAGGUGGUGGCACCAAACCUAAGCCACCUGUGGUGUCGGAGUAUAAUAAGCAUAUGGGGGGUGUGGACACCCUAGAUCAGAAGGUAGAUUUUUAUGCUGGGGAAAGAGCCUUUCAUAAAUAUUGGAAGAAAUGUUUUUUCGCUUUGAUUGACCGCAUGAUUGUAUGCUCGUACAUCCUGUACCAGGCGAACACAUCUGACAGACCCCCCCUGACCAGGUACAAGUUCAUGUGUGGCAUUGUAGAGGAACUGUGUGCCUACAACUCAAUUGAGUGUGAAAAUUCAGUCAAAAUGUAG